AUGAAGAUUGUUGAAUUAGAACAUCAAAGUGGAAAACUAGGGAUCUUGAUAGUAGGUGGUAUUGGAAGUGAAUAUUUCAAAGGAGAUCAUGGCGUGUUUAUUACGUAUAUUCCCAAUCAAACUAUUAAACAGUUAAAUAUUGGUGAUCGAUUAAUAGAAAUCUCAUCUGCAAAAAACACGUACGAUCUACGAUUUGUUACACAUAAUGAAGCUAAAAAACGUAUUGGAUUAGCAUGUUCAGAUAGUCAGAAGAUUCCACCUGAAAUUUGCUCACUAUCUGGCUUGCGUACUCUGUCUUUAAAUGGUAACAAGAUCCAGUUGCUUCCCAAUGAUUUAAGAAAAUUAGUCAAUUUGAAGAAUCUCUUUCUGAAAUAUAAUCAAAUCGAAUCUCUACCUUCAAUCAUUUUUACUCACCAUUUGUCAAAAUUAGAGAUUCUUCAAUUGAAUGGCAAUCUUCUAUGUUCCCUACCUGCAUCAUUUUCCUAUUUAACAACGUUAAAACAACUGAAUCUUUCAAAAAAUAAUUUUCUUACAAUUCCUCGAGCAAUUUUAUAUUUAUCUAAUCUACAAGUUCUCGAUCUUUCAGCUAAUCGUAUCCAAGAAAUUAACGAUGAUAUCGAAUUUUUAGAAGUAGAUGAGUUAAAUUUAAAUAAUAAUCAAAUUUCUCAAAUUUCAACGAAUAUAUCAAAAUGUAAACGGUUGAAAAUUCUUCGAUUAGAUAAUAACAAGCUUAAGUUAGAAUCGAUUCCUACUUCAUUAUUAAAAAAUUCUACUGUUUUUCAACUGAGUGUUAACGGUAAUUUUUUUGAAGAAACACAAUUUCAAUUGAUCGAAGGUUAUGAUGAUUAUGAAAGACGGUAUACGACAAAUCAACGAAAAAGAGAUGCAACUGCAAUACUUCUGUUGAAUUAA